GGCCGGGCCCGGGCACAGGCGGCGGCGGCGGCGGCGGGCGCGGAGCGGCUGGGGCGCAGCGCUCACCAUGCCCUACAAGCUGAAGAAGGAGAAGGAGUCUCCAAAGUCUACCAAAAGCACCACAAAGCCUGGCAGCAGCAGUAGCGGGAAGGAUGGUGGGGCAGAGAAUUCAGAAGAGGCCCAGCAGCCUCAGCAGCAGCCACAGCAACCACAGCAGCAGCCAACAUCAAAUAAGCGGCCCAGUAACAGCGCUCCCCCACCAACCCAGCUGAAUAAAAUCAAGUACUCAGGGGGACCCCAGAUUGUGAAGAAGGAGCGCCGGCACAGCUCUUCUCGCUUCAAUCUGAGCAAAAACCGGGAACUGCAAAAACUCCCAGCCCUUAAAGAUGCUCCUCCACACGAACGAGAAGAGCUUUUCAUCCAGAAGCUGCGGCAGUGUUGUGUGCUUUUUGACUUCAUCUCUGACCCUCUCAGCGACUUGAAGUUCAAGGAGGUGAAGAGAGCAGGCCUCAAUGAGAUGGUGGAGUACAUCACACACAACCGUGAUGUCGUCACUGAGGCUAUCUAUCCUGAAGCUGUUAUCAUGUUUUCAGUGAACCUCUUCCGGACACUCCCACCAUCAUCCAAUCCCACAGGAGCAGAGUUUGACCCUGAGGAAGAUGAGCCUACAUUAGAGGCUGCCUGGCCACACCUUCAGCUGGUGUAUGAGUUCUUCCUCCGGUUCCUGGAAUCGCCUGACUUCCAACCAAAUGUAGCCAAGAAAUACAUUGACCAGAAGUUUGUACUGUCUCUUCUGGAUCUCUUUGACAGUGAAGACCCCAGAGAACGAGACUUCCUAAAGACUAUUCUACACAGGAUCUACGGGAAGUUCCUGGGUCUGCGAGCAUAUGUGAGGAGGCAGAUCAAUAAUAUAUUUUACAGGUUCAUCUAUGAAACAGAACACCACAAUGGGAUUGCAGAGCUACUGGAGAUCCUAGGAAGCAUAAUCAAUGGGUUUGCUUUGCCUCUGAAGGAAGAGCACAAGAUGUUCCUCAUCAGAGUCUUGUUACCACUGCACAAAGUGAAGUCUCUCAGUGUCUACCAUCCACAGUUGGCAUACUGUGUUGUACAGUUCUUGGAGAAAGACAGCAGUUUGACAGAGCCAGUGAUUGUGGGCUUGCUGAAGUUCUGGCCGAAAACUCACAGUCCCAAGGAGGUGAUGUUUUUAAAUGAGCUGGAGGAGAUCCUGGACGUGAUUGAGCCAUCUGAGUUUGUGAAAGUUAUGGAACCCUUGUUCAGGCAGUUGGCCAAGUGUGUCUCCAGCCCACACUUCCAGGUGGCAGAGCGAGCGCUGUACUAUUGGAACAACGAAUAUAUCAUGAGCCUGAUCAGCGAUAAUGCAGCCAAAAUUCUCCCGAUCAUGUUUCCAGCGCUCUACAAGAACUCCAAGAGUCACUGGAACAAAACAAUCCACGGGCUGAUCUACAAUGCACUGAAGCUCUUCAUGGAGAUGAACCAAAAGCUUUUUGAUGACUGCACGCAGCAAUACAAGGCAGAGAAGCAGAAGGGAAGGUUCAGGAUGAAGGAACGAGAAGAAAUGUGGCAGAAAAUAGAGGAGCUGGCCCGGCUGAACCCUCAGUACCCCAUGUAUUAUGCACCUCUACCCUUGCCUUCUGUGUGCUGUAUGGAAACAGAGACCCCGACUGCAGAGGAUAUACAGCUACUGAAGAAAACAGUGGAGACAGAGGCUGUGCAGAUGCUGAAAGACAUUAAGAAGGACAAAGUUUUGCUGCGCCGGAAAUCUGAGCUUCCGCAGGACGUCUACACUAUAAAAGCCCUGGAGGCCCACAAGAGAGCAGAAGAGUUUCUCACCUCAAGCCAGGAGGCUCUCUGACGGGCUCAGGGGCUGGCCCGAGAAGCUCUGCCCCAUCCCUUUUCUCCAGGGGUCAUGGAAAUGCACUCGGUUCUCAUGUAUAAGUAAGGAAUGAACAUGGUGAGCUGUGCCUGUCCUCCACUCCAUCUGCAUACCUCCAGGGUAGAUCUGGUUUUACGUUAUAACUUGUAUCUCACCACUGUCAUGUCCUCCUGCUUUUUCACCUUGGCUGUGCAUGCAUGAAGGGAGCCUGCCGGACCUCUGAUCGUAUCAGUCCAGGCAGGACUCACUUCAUUGCAAGCUGCUGCCUCUUCUUACUCUGCCUGGAAGCCAGAGCCUUGCUCAGGCUCUCUGUUGGCCAGAGACAACCAUUCGUGGCUCAGCAUACUGCUCCAAGCCCCAAGUGCCCAUCUCUGCCAUGCCUGCCCCUGUGCUGCUUGUGCAGCUGAGCCCUGUGGUGCUCAGAGGUCAGGCUGAGCUUGAGGCAGGAGCAGAGCUUGUGGAGGCUUUGCUGCCUUGGUGUGCAGCUCCACAGCUGAAGGGUCUUACGUACAGUGGAGGAGAUGUUUGCUUCCACCCUUUUUUUCCAAGCCUCUUGUUUUGUUCCUCUGUCAGUGGAGUGGGGGGUUCAGUGCUUCGCCACCCCCAGUAAAGCUGGGUGCAAGCACUACAUACUGUUGCCCUCCCUUUCAGACAUCCUUAGAAGCUCUCUUGUGGGAAAGUGAUUCCUUCAGCUAUUUGUGUUGGUCUGUGCUGACUCAUCUCCAUUCUGAUGUCUUGGGUUAAUUGUGGGCCCAGAAUUAACUUCCCGCUUUGUAACAGGUGUCAGCCACUGAAUUCUGCUUUCUUCUUCUACCUGCUCAAUUAAAAUACUCCUGCAGCUCUCCCUUUGUCUCUGUAUCCCACCUUUAGCUCUGCAGUGGCCAGGGUUUCUAGGAAGCUUGUGCUGCUAAAGUCAUUUCUGCAAGCUAGCGGAAGCAAUGGAUACACCUUAUGGGGUGUGGCUGAGUUUGAGUGUUUAGUUGUCUCCUUGUCAUGAUCAAUGGCCAAGUGUUUACUGCUGAAUUGCUUCCAUGGGUGCUCUGACCAAAGUUCACCUUGCCCUGUUACUUUGGCACCCGCUGAGGCCCUUGAGCUGAGGCCCUUGUUAGUUAUUACUGGUGCAUCAGGGACUCUGCUAAAUUAGCAUUUAGAGCACACUUGCUGAUAGCCCAGGGGCUUGCGCAGCACUUGGGUGCUACUGUGAUCCAGCUUUCACCUCUAUUUUUUGUGGUGCAGAUUCAGUGCCAGGCCAAGGUGCCACCUCAGAGGCUGGCUUGUGAUAGAAAAGGGAGUCCUCCUUGCUUCUUAUCUGCUGUACCUGCUUUCUUGACACAUAAGCUUAAGUGGGUUUGCAGUAGUGCAGGGAGCUUAUGGCAUCGGUGCUAGCCUGACACUGUUUGCAGCAUCGUGGAAUGUUGUAGAAGGUUCUGGUGUAUCUCAAUAGUAAACUAUUCCCAGGUCAGAGGUUUAUCCUCUCCAAUAUGUGCUGCUGGUGUGCAGCACAUCUUUCCUCCAACCCCAGCCAGGCUGUUUUUACCUCUGUAUCCUGCAUCCCUGCCCUGUGUAGGUCUCUCUCGGCUCAGCCCUCACAAGGGAUGCCACCAUCUCUUCGGAGCAGCUGGUGAGCGCGUGUGUGAGAUCCCCCCAGUCAUGCAGGACCCCACCUCCCCUCUGCAACAGGCCAGUUCAUCAGGAGACUUUAGAACACCUCAGGGAGGUUAUUGCUUACACUGAACAUUACUCCGAGCUCAUGAUCAGCUGCCAAUCAAUUACCUCACGCCUGGCACAGCAUGUAGACAUGCACCAGGUGAUGCCAGAUGGUGCACCGGAGUGGCACAGUGGAGAUGAGGACUGCUGGGCUCAGGCUGGGUGGGAUGCUUCUUCCUUUCGGUGCAGGCUUUCCAACUGGCUCUUAGCAUUGUGCUAUAAGCCAACACCUCAUUUUUAGAUUGCUACAGCAUGGUGUGCCCUCACUCAAGCCUGCUUGCUGCUGGGCAGCCUUUCCCUGCUGCAGGCUGCUCUGCCUGCGGAAGGAACAGACUUGUGGUGUGCAGAGGCUGACGCUGUCCUGCAGAUGGUCUGUCUCUGUUGGCAGCCCCUGAGCCUGGCCAGAGGAAUGCUGCUGGAGUCGUGCCAUGUGCAGGGAUAGGACUAACGCAUCAUGACUACGUGCUGUACAGCUUCAGUGUUCCCAUAGCUUUGUGUGUCUUGUUCUGGGUCAGGGAACUUAGGCUUAGUACCUUCACCCUUUGUUUGCUGCCUAUUCAUUCCAGUGUCCUGGACACCUCAGAAGGGGACCAUGUGAGAAAGGGGGGAGUGUGCUCACCCUCUCACCACAUGUAUUGCUCAUAGGCAGAUCUGCCACACUACAGCUGCCCCUUGCUCAAUACUUGGUUUCUAGCAUCAGUGCUGCUCAUUUCUGCCUAUGCCUUUCCCCAUGUCAGCCAAAUGGACAGAACUGGAGCUGCCUCUUCCACUUCACCUGGCUCCCUCCUCCCAAGGGAACAAGCAAAACUACUGCAUUCACCCCCUGGACACAAGUAUUAAGCUGCUUACAGUUCAUAUGUACAUAUGGUGUACUUUAUUUUCAGUAGAGCAUUACAUAGUAUGAAAGUGUUGGAUUUUGUACAGAUGUCCCUGUAUGUACAGAACUAAAUAAAACCAAUCUCUUGGAAUGACA